GAAUGACGUCGAUAACUAAAACGUUACUAUCAUCCGAUCGAUCACAUCAUCAACAUGAACAUUUUUCAAAAAACAAAUAUUAAAAAACAAUUGUACAUUUUUCAUUAGACUGUAGACCUACUUUCAUAUUUAUUGUAAUGAUACAUUAUGUGUAUGUUAGUGUAAUAUUUUAACAUUAGAUUAUUUAUUAAAGUUUAUUUGUUUUCUACCUUUUGUGUACUAUUAUGGCAUUCAUACCUAAAAACUAUAUUGACAAAGCAGAAGAUAUUUCAGAACUGGUUGUUAAAAAUUGUAAUGCAUACUUGCCAACAGCUUCUCGGUUAUGUUUGAUAUCAACAUUUAUAGAAGAUGGCCUCCGAAUGUAUUUUCAGUGGUCAGAACAGAGCAGAUACAUGGAUAUGUCUUGGAAUUGUGGAAUGUUUUUGGCUACUAUUUUUGUUCUUAUUAAUUUAGUUGGACAGUUGGGUGGAUGUAUACUUAUUUUACUACAAAAACAUGUCCGAAUAGCUUGUGGUAUAUUAUUUUUUAUAGUUGUAUUACAAACAGUAGCUUACAGUAUUUUAUGGGAUUUCCAUUUUUUACUGAGAAAUUUUGCCUUAAUUGGAGCAUUAUUAUUAGUUCUUGCUGAUAGUGAAGUAGAGUCAAAAUCUCUGCUUGCUGGUAUUCCAUCGUUGGGAGAAAACAAACAAAAAAAUUAUAUGCAACUGACAGGAAGAUGCUUGAUUGCAUUUAUGUUCAUUACACUAUUAAAAUUUGAAAUAUCAUUUUUCCAGUUAGUUCAAGACUUUUUAGGAACUGUUAUGAUGGUAUUAGUUUUUAUUGGUUACAAAACUAAACUUAGUGCGUUGGUGCUUGUUUUGUUUUUAACAAGUUUAAAUUUCUAUUAUAAUGCUUGGUGGACAAUACCUGAAACAAAACCUCUUCGUGAUUUUUUAAAAUAUGAUUUCUUCCAAACUCUUUCAGUUAUUGGAGGCUUAUUAAUGAUUGUACUCAGAGGACCUGGUGGAGUGUCAAUGGAUGAACAUAAAAAAAAUUGGUAAUCUCUAUUCUAAAACAUAUAUUUAAUAUAAUGAUGUUAUUUUUCAAAAACAAAUAUAUAAAAUUUGAUUAUUUAA